CAGACUUAAUAUUAGUUAAUAUUUACCUCUGAAUGUAUUGCAGUAGUUCCAUGAAGUACCUUUAGACGGUACCUCUAGGAUCUGAUUGAAGGUAUAUGUGUAUAUAUUGUGUAAUGUGAGUGUCUCCUCUGCCCUCAGAGUUCUCCCUCAGCAGCGACCUCUCCUCUCUCUCUGGGUUCGGGGGCUCUGGUCUGGGGUCAGCCUGGCAGCAGCAGCAGAUCCAGAACAUGCAGCACUCUGCUCUGGGUCACAUGGGCAACUUGUGUCAGACCUCCAACCUGAACCUGUCCUCUCACCCGAACCUCCACAUUAAAUCUGAGCCGGCCUCGCCCCCCCGGGACCGCAUGCUGAGCGCUCUGAUUGGAGGAGGAGGAGGGGGCGUGUCCUCGUACUCUCCUCCCGGCGACAGCGCCUCGUCGUGCGGCAGCUCGUUCGAAGGCAGCGAAGAACGAGAAGAUCAUCAAGUUAACUUCCUGUUGCCCCCCCCCAACCCUGAGGAGCACCACAGCAGCCCUUCAGUGAAACGCAUGAGGCUCAGUGAGGGGUGGGCCACAUGAGGGGGGGGCCCAUGAUGGGGGGGGGGCAGGUAGUCAGGGUGACCAGGUGUCCGAAUCUGUGUGGGACUCGAUGCAUUUUAAUAUAUAAUUUGUCCAACGUCAAAAACAUUCAAAUCAGACGAUUUCCCACAUUUGAUUGACAACCGUUCGUCGAAAAACGUGGGUUUCUUUGUCUCGUUUCCAGCACUGUGAAGCAGGAAAUGUUGUCGUAAAACUGCCAUUCAUCCAGAAAUGAAAUCAGCAUUCUUAAUAACCCCCCAAAAAACACUUCAAAACUGUCCAAAUCGGAUGUUUUUAACUAUUGUCAAUUUUAACUAUAAUGCUAAUUGAUGCUAAUUGAUGCCCAACAUACCAGUGUAUUUGCCAGCUUUGCCCAGCUUUUUGGGGUCAAAAUUGCCCCUAAAACUUUAUAAUCAACCCAAAAUUCAUCACAAUCAGCCGACAAAUAACAAAGAUAUGGCCACCUAUUAGUUAAAACUGCAUUAGUGAUCCAGAAAAUGUCAGAAAUCUAAUCAGCAUCCUCAAUAACCCCCAAAACCACUCUGAAAAUGAAAAUGCACAUUUAGGCCAAUUGAUGCAACUCAUUCUCAUUGUGCAAAUUGCCCAACAUAUUAGUGUAUCUGCCAGCUUUGCAUAGCUUUUUAGGGUUAACAAAAUGCAGUUUUGAGUCCCCUAAAACCUUUCAAUCGGCCCAAAAUAAGCCCACAAGAACUACAAAGAUGUCUCUGGUUGGCACCUGGUCGCCCAGAGGGAAGGCCGUAACGUUACCUUAUAGUGUUAUUAUUAUUAUAUUAUUAUAUUCUUAUGUACUGAGUGGGUGUGCUAUAUGUAUAACAUGUACGUGAGGGGGGGGGGGGCUGUAUUUACUGUAGCCGUACACCAGAGAGGAAACAGGAACAUCUGGAGAGUAUUUAUCAAACUGCUAAGAUCUACACAAAGAUGAAAACGUUAUCUUUAAAAAAACGUCCUUUUACUUACAGCUGCAAAUAUAUAGAUGACAUCGAAGCAUCUGAUUAACUCUACAAAGGCAACGUUUGGGUUAAAAUCCUGACGUGAUGCUCGGUUGAUGUUAUGUUAUUACAAUUAGGCGAGAUGUCUCUAGUAGUGAUGCUAGAACAUUUUAAUUUAGCAGUUUGAUCAAAAUUCCUCCAGUUCUGAAGUGGGGACAGUUUGUUGUGUACAUGUAUCGCUUGUUCUGUGUGUGUGUUCGGGUUGGGGGGGGCAUAAUGAUGAGUAAAUAACAAAUAUACUACAUGCACAUCUCGAUAUGUGCAACAUGUAUGCAAACCAACAAAAAAAAAGUGAAGAAGUCUGGUACUCUGAACGGUUUCAUAUCACGCAUGAGCGGGAACGCCAUGUUGCAGGUUCAACAUAUUUUAGCACAUUUUAAAUAUGAAGAGGGAAAAGUGUGAUGAAGAGGAGGAAGAGGAAGUGGAGGAAGAUGAGGGAGCUGAAAUGAGACUAAAGGAGGAUGGGGAAGGGGAGGUUUUAGUGUGAGCGGUAGAAAGUAUUUUGCAACCGGUUGCAUAGAAUAGAAGUUUCACUUGAUGUGAAAACGCUUCUCAGAGUUAGUGAGCUAUGGUAGAAAAACUAAAUGUGAUUUUUAAGUGAAUUGCAAUCCAGAUGUGUGGAAGCAAAGAAGUGGAAUAACCUUUAACGGCUACAGAUGUUCCACUGCUGAAUACAAAACUAAAAACCCUCUCCUAAAAACUGGACAUAAAAUAAACAUUAUGACAUUAAUUAUAAGAAUGUAAGAGCUUAGUAAAAAUAUACUUGUAUAAUUUACACAGCUAUUAUUUAACUGUGAAAGUCACAUUUUUAUUUGAAUGCUUUGAAUAUAGGGUAAGUUGCCCUAAUGUGGGACACUUUAGCUCUAAGCCUAAUGUGGGACACUUGUUUGAAGGUUGCUCCACCACCCUCAUCUGUGAUUGGACAUUUGAGAAGUCAUGUGAUUUUGAUUAAAUUACAUCACAGCUUGUGUUGACCCAUAUUGUGUUGCCUCUCAUUUGUUUGAGGAAGACCUACACCGUCUGGAGCUCAAGUGUCCCACAUUAGGGAGUGUCCCAGACUGUCCCAUCUUUGGGGGUGUCCCAGACUGUCCCAUAUUAGGGAGUGUCCCAGACUGUCCCACAUUAGAGAGUGUCCCACAUUAGGGAGUGUCCCAGACUGUCCCACCUUAGGGGGUGUCCCAGACUGUCCCAUUAGGGAGUAUCCCACAUUAGGGAGUGUCCUAGACACAACAUUAGGGCAACUCACCCUACUUGUUAUUAAAGUAUUCAGUAGUGGUUUCGCAUUUCACAAUUAGCCUUAAAAAAAAGAAUUCCUAUUUUGUUGGGGCUUUAUUUGCUUCCAUACGAACAAAACCUGCGUUAUUUUCCCUAUAAAACCAACAGACAUCUGGGGUUUUAUGUAAAAAAAUCAAGAUGAAUCCAAAUUUGAGUGAAACUUCACUCAUGGCCUUGUUGUUAUGCACAGAGAGAGCUAGCUGUUAGCCGUUAGCUGUUAGCCGCUAGCCGUUAGCUUAGCCCUCCUAAAAGAAAUAUCCAACAGGACAGAGAUGCUUUGCUGCACAAAGUUUAUAUAGUGUUAUGUUUUUUUGAAUUCUUUAUUAUAUCAAAUUGAUAUUCUUGGAUGUCUGCAGCUCUAUUUAAUAAGAUAACUUUAAUAUAAAAGUGUAAAAAGCAGAUGGGCGCGUGUUUAUUUAACAUUCAGGGAUUUAAAAAACCCUUUAAAGUUUAGAUGGUUUUUUUCGACGUAUUUGGAUAAAUGACUGUGGUGGUUAUCAUAUAUGCAGUAUUUACAGUGGGGAGAAGUACAACAAUCAUUUACUUAAGUAAAAGGACAAUAGCCUACAUGUAAAAAUAGUAGCUAUAUACCAUUCAAAGUCCUUCGUUUGAUUCAAUCAUGAAUUUCGAAGUAAAAUCUUGCAGUAAAAAGUGUAUUUUUAUCUGAAAUGUAGUGGAGUAGGAGUACAAGUACCUCAAAUGUAUUUCCAAAGUACAAGAAUUGAGUAAAUGUAUUUAAGUACAUCCCACCUCUGUGUUUUUGUAAAUUUAAAAGGACUUUGUGGACAUUUUGAAUAGUUUGUGCCUUGUAUCUAAAACUGUCUCGCCACAAUAAGAGCCGGAAUAGUCUCAUACACCCGCCACAAUAAGAGUAUAUUUGAUAUCCAUGAUGUUUGUAUUUAAUAAGAGACAGAGAGGACGCUGAGGGUUUGUUCACAUUUGAAUAUUUUGGUUUUAAAACUGUAUAUUUGGAGCUUGGACCCUCGGCUGCAGUCUGUCUGUUUGCGCCCCAUCUGCUGUCAAUCCAGUAAAUUAACAUGUAAAAGAAAAUAGAAUCUGCUCCAGGUUGAAAAAUUAAAAAAAGAAGACGCUGCCGUUGAGUUACAAACUACACACUGUGUGUUGAGAAGAGAGAUGCUUCUCCUGCUUUUCUUUUCUCCGGGUUGUCGGCCUCAGAUGAACGAACAAAAGUGUGUGUGUGCGGUUUGAUUAUCUCGUUAGUAACUGCCUGGACGUGUACCUCAAAAAUCCCCGAUGAAAUGAUUUGUAUUUGACGCAUCCUCUUUACAUGUGCUUCUAAUAACCACAAGGUAAAUAUAUUCUAUUAUACAGAGAUUGUUAGUGGCAUAAGCUGGCCUUUGUCGCCACUUGGAGACAAUGUUUCUCAGAAAAUAAGAUCCUGUACAGCGACUCCCUCACUCAGAAAUGUGCUAGUAUUUGUAUUUUGCAGAAAAAAAUUACUGAAAUAAAGCAGGCUCUGUUACAAAAGUC